UUAUAUCCAGUGCCAAAUCACAAAUGGACCAAAUGGUACACAAACUUGAAAGUGAAACGUCUCAACUUUUGCGAUUCUUUUUCCUAACCUACUACGUUUUGGAAUAUCUGCUGUAUUAAAAAAGGCAGCAACAAAAACAUUAAAAGUACCAGGCCUUCCAUUUUUGUAAAAUUCAAAAUGUCUAAAGUUACAUUCAAGAUAACGCUUACUUCAGAUCCGAAGCUGCCUUUUAAAGUACUUAGUGUACCAGAGGCAACACCAUUCACUGCUGUGCUAAAAUUUGCAGCAGAAGAAUUCAGAGUUGAGCCUGCUACCAGUGCAAUAAUAACUGAUGAUGGAAUUGGAAUAAAUCCUCAACAGAGUGCUGGUAAUAUUUUCCUAAAACAUGGUUCUGAGCUCAGAUUGAUACCCAGGGAUAGAGUGGGUCUCUCUCCAUAAUGAGUGGGUCUCUCACAUUCCACAUUAAUUAUACUAAGUUAUAUUCUUGAAAUCUGACAUUUAAAAUUUAUAUAUUCUUCUAAAUUUUUAUUCUUUUAAUAUAUAUUCCUAUCAAGUUAUUUGUUCACAAAUAUUUCCUUUGUUAUGUUUUUAUAAUGAUAAUAUGUUUCAGCCUCAAAAAUAAAAUGCUUAUUUUAUUUUUAUGUUUUAAUAAAUAAUAUGCUUGAAAAGUA